AUAAACAAACGUGUCUACAAUGUGGUGUUAUGUUUGAAAGUUUAUAAUUGCAAAAAUACGUUUCUCAUCGAUAAGUAAAAUGGAAUCUGUUAAAGGAUACUUUGAUUUAUGUGUAGCAGAGAGCUGUAUAGCAAAUGGUAAUUACGAGAAGACGAUUUCCAGGUUUUAUGAAUUUGGAUACAGGACGAUUGCAAUAAAUCAGGUAUUCGAUGAGGCAAAUCUACAACCUACUAAGAAAAAGAAGAAAGGUGAGCAGAGAGAAAUUGAAGAUGUAGUACCAGCACCUAUAGCAUUGGAGACUGUAAAGAGAUGUGAAGAUAUGAAGAUUUUCAACCGGUUGACCAUAAAAUUCGCAAAUCAAGACAUCAUACAUAAAAUUAUGAGAUCAGCAAAUUUAAAGAAAUACGACUUACUUGGAAUCUUACCAACAACUCAGCAGGCAUUUCAGUUCACUUGCAGCAAUAUAGAUGCAGACAUCUUUACAUUUGACCCACAAUACGAAAAACCUUACAAGGCAAACAGGAAGUCCUACAGUAUACUCAUCGAGAAAGGUUAUCACUUUGAGAUUCCUUAUGGACAUGCUCUAACCAGUAAUCAUCAUCGAAGAAAUAUGAUUCACAUUUCACAUGUGCUGCACACAUUCAGUAAAUCGAGGAACAUCAUAAUUUCAAGCAAUGCUGUUAAUUACAUGGGCAUCAGGGGACCUUACGAUAUCAUUAAUUUAGGCUACAUUUUCGGAUUGAGCGAAGAGAAAUGUAAAAAUUCGAUUUUAAAUAAUUGCCGGAAUGUUUAUUUAAAAUCGGUUGGAAGAAGACAUGGUAAAUCGGUGAUGUUUAUCCAAGAUAUCAAAGAAUUUGAAGAGAUGGAUAUUAACAGUGCAACGGAAAGUGACGAGGAAAUGAUCAAGGAACAACCAGUAAUGAAAAAAAUCAAAUCUGUGAAUUAAUGAAAUGGUUUUUUUUGUUACUGAGAUGUCUUUCCUUGUUUCAUUAUGAAGAGAAAUGUAAACAUUGUGUAUUGUUCUUAAUUAUACAUAUACUUUGAUACUUUGCUAAGUGAAUUAUAUUAUAAAGA